AUAGUAACCUGAUAACGGAAUGCCCUUUAAACCUGGAAUUCGAGCGGUUCUAAUGGGAACAGUGUUCAACUGGUUUAAAUUGUUCCAUUCGGUUUGUCGCCUAGUUUAACUGUUAUAUAACAAGUUCAGUCCCAUUUACUGAUAUACAGUAUGUCCAGUGGGAGCAGAGUUCUGCACAUCUAUUUGUGGUUUGUGGAGAAUUAAAACAAAAUUAAAAUUUUCGGGGAAGAAACUUGAGUUACAAACCACUCUGGGCAUUACAGCGUUUGUGAGUAGCAUUGAAAAUUCAGUUAAUCAUUUACAGAAGUGAUAGUCGGGGAGUUUUUGCAGAUGAUGGAAACUAUUGAUGGGGACGGUAAUGAAGAUGAGAUUUAAAAGCUGUCUUUUCUUCCUAGUUAUGAUGAAUUCAGGCAAACUGUUUGCAGAAGAUAAACUCUGUGAUUUGCCACAUGUAGAAAAUGGAAGGAUUGCCCCAUAUUAUUACAGCUUCAAAAAUUACUAUUUCCCUACGCGUAAAGGAAAAAGCCUUUCCUAUUCUUGUGUGGCUGGUUAUACAACUGAAACCGGGACUCAAGACGGAAGAAUAAUUUGUACAGCAAAAGGAUGGUCUCCAGUGCCACAAUGCUACAAAAAAUGUAAUAAGCCUCUUCUGGAACAUGGCAUUUUUUACGGUACAGAAACGUACUUCAAAAUACAUGAGAAAUUACAAUACAAAUGUAAUCAAGGUUACCACACUCCCAGCGGUGGCACUGAAGAUACAGUACAAUGUCAAUCAGAUGGAUGGUCUUCCCAGGCAAGCUGUACUAAGAAAGUUGAGUCAUGCCAAGUACCCGAGUUACAUCAUGGCAACUACUUAACGAGCCAGCGAGAGCUUCGAGUGAAUCAAGCGCUGCUAUAUACAUGCGAUGAGGGAUACCACACUGCAGGAGGAAACACUACCGAAGAAGCAGUUUGUCUUGCUCAUGGAUGGUCCCUUACUCCGAACUGCUCGAAAAAAACCUGCCCCUCCUUGGGUGUAAUAGAACAUGGAGGUUUCUAUCCUGCGAAGAAGAUCUAUGAAGAAGGAGAUGUUGUUCAUUUUUUCUGUGAGGAAAAUUAUUCUUUUCAUGAAUUUGACCUGAUUCAAUGUUAUUACUUUGGAUGGUAUCCAGAUCCUCCAGUGUGUGAAGAUGUAAGAAAUAAAUGUCCUCCACCACCACUGCCUCCUCACGCCCAUACUGUCGCAGUUAGGAGAACGUAUCGCAAUGGCGACAGAGUUCGUAUACAGUGUCAGAGUGAAUAUGAAAUAAGAGGAUCUGGGGAAAUCCAGUGUGAAAAAGGAAAAUGGACGUCACCUCCUAUCUGUAUGGGAUCUAUGGAUAAAAGGGAAUCUGAGACACCAGCAUUCGAGGCAGAUGCAUCGAUAAGGGCAAGCAAAACAUAUCACAGUGAAGAAAUGAAAAUACAGCAAAACUGUACCUCUCCACCUGUGAUUAAAAAUGGUGUUCUCCUUGGCCCUUUAUUACCGAGUUACAAAAAUGGCAGCUCAGUAGAAUACAGUUGCCAGCGUUACCAUUUUUUGGAUGGACCCAGUACUGUUUACUGCGAACAAGGAAACUGGACAGAACGGCCUACUUGCUUGGAUCCAUGCAUUCUUAAUGUAACUGAUAUGAAUAGUAACAAUAUAGAGUUGAAAUGGAGACAGGAAGAAUUUGUCUUCCUACACGGUGAUCUCAUUGAGUUUGAAUGUAAGCGAGGAUACAAAUUUCCCCAUGCUACCAUGCCAUCCCCUGGGAGAACUCGGUGUGACCGUGGAAGGCUGAAAUACCCCAAAUGUGUUUUGCAAGUUCCCACGGAAAAAUGUGACUCUCCACCGUCUAUUGCAAAUGGAGCUCUUACUCUCCCGCCUCUGACCCAGUAUGACAAUGGCUCUUCAGUUCAGUAUAGUUGCUCUGAUUAUUACUUCUUGCAAGGAUCUGAAAGAAUUUAUUGUUCCGAAGGCCGGUGGACUUCACCACCACUUUGUAUAGAGCCGUGCACUUUGUCAAAGAAUGAGAUGGAAAAAAAUAACGUGCUGCUGGAAAGUUUUUAUGAGAGCCAAGUUUACUUUUACCAUGGAGAUUAUGUCGGAUUUUACUGCAAACAGAACCAUGUUGGAGCAGAAUCUGGUGCGACUUUAUUUCAAGUGCAGUGCAAGAGAGGACAGCUAGCGUAUCCAAGAUGUGUUGAAAGGAGAGAAUAGAUCUUCAACUCUGGCUGAAGCCGGGGGGGAGGAAGAGAUCCCCUUUAGUAACAAUACAUGGCAGAUGAAUGCCAUUUUGUAAGGCUGUGAAGAUGAGCACAUGAAGUAAAUAAUAAUGCGCUGCAGUAGCCUAUCGCUUUGCACUGAAAGUACUGGCAGUGCUUUUCCUGUCAUCUGGAUAAGGUUUUGAAACAAGAGGCUUCAUCAAAGUUGAUAAACAAACAAACAAGCCCAACACGUGCUUCUUCUCAAUAUGAACGUUUAAAAUACACUGUCUACCUCUCUCUCAUUUCCACAGUCCAGACAGCUAAAUGGAACCCCUCCGCAAUAUGGAGCACCAGCUCUUCCCCCAGGACACUUCUCUGCCUUAUAUGAUCCGUGGUCCUCUAACAGAGUAACUGAGUGAGAUCACCGCUGUCAAAUCUGUACAUUAAAUGGCAUUAAAGCUCAA